GCCAAUUGCCUUCAGUUGUAGAAAUGGCAGCAUUGAGGCAGGAGCAUCGGUAUGGGCUCUCUUGUGGAAAAAUUAACAAAAACACCCCGAAUAAAACUCUGUAUCACGUAAAACUCACCGACACUGCCAUCCGGACACUCGAAGCCUACCAGAAUCUGAAGGAAUCACUACCAAAUCAGCCAGCAAUUUGCUUUAAGGGGACCCAGGGGUACAUAAAGAUCCCGGCGCCGGCCCCUGAAUCACCUGAUGCACUCAGAGUCUUCUCGUUCUAUCUAUCCAGUGACAGCAAAGACAAACCUCAGUCCAGCUUUGACUGCAUUCACCAAUAUGUCUCAGGGGAGGGCAGGGAGCACCUGGAGGGCCAGGGCAGUAUUCAGGAUAAAAUCACAGUUUGUGCCACAGAUGACUCCUACCAGAUGACCCGGGAGCGCAUGUCUCAGGUGGAGAAAGACAUCUGGAGCCGCUCAGCAAUUGAGAUCAAGCCAGGGCCAAGUAAAUGUGUGAAGGUCCAGAGGAAGCAGGGGCUAGCAUCUGGCACAGAUAGCAGCAACAAGCACUCUCCCAGCAACAAAAGGAGCCUGGUUCCCAGCCCUGUGGCACACCGGCCCUUGAGGGACCGCAUCAUUCACCUCCUGGCCUUAAAACCCUACAGGAAACCUGAGCUGCUACUGUGGUUAGAGAGGGAGAGGGCCAGUCCAAAGGACAAGACUGACCUGGCCUCAGUGCUGGAUGAGAUUGCUAAGCUGAACACUAAGGACCACAGCUACUCUCUGAAGGAUGAGCUCUACAGGCACGUCCAGAGAGACUGGCCUGGCUACCUUGAGGAGGAGAAGCAACUCAUCCACCGGCUCCUGACCAGGAAGCUGCAGCCACUCCACAGUAACCAGUUGAAGACUCUCCAGUCCAACCAUUCAUUCCACAAAACUCCCGGGGACUCUCCUUCACAACUCAGUCCUGCCAAGAGCCUUUCUGUGAAACGCCCAUUGCCCUCUGACCCAUCCAACUGUCAGACCCCCAAGAAACAAAGACUAUUAGACCAGUGUUUGCCUCUGCAGUCCCCAUCCAAUGGAGACCAUGGUCCCAGCGGGGCUCGCAGCUCCUCGAGUCACAGAAACACCAGUAUACAGACCAAAAUGGAGUUUGAACGAACCAACAAUCACAUCCAGGGGAGCCCAAAUGGUGUUUACCCACAGCACAAACUCAGCAGGACAUCUGACGCCCCCAAACUGGAGAGGACAGAGCCGGCCCCUACUGCACCCAGCCCCAAGCCCUCACAGACUCAGACCUCCAUUUGCACUGAUCAACAGCUCACCAAUGGCCAACAUAAAAAGAAGAGGUCCAAAAAGCACAAAGAGAAGGAACGAGAGCACUUAAAGCCAGACUGGAUAGAGACCAGUCCAGACCUGAAGCAGAACCAAGAAAAUCUCAACGACCAUGAGGGAGCAAAAACACCUGUCAAUCGAACCUCACAGGAGGAACUGCCCGACUAUUUCAUAAAAUACAGCACCAUCACUGCGCUGGAGCAGCGUCAGCAGUAUAAGGACGACUUCUGUGCCGAGUAUGAUGAAUACAGAGCCCUUCACGACCGGAUUGGUACUAUCACAGAGAUGUUUGUUCAGUUGGGCUCAAAGAUCAACACUCUGUCCCCUGGAACACAAGAGUACAAGGUACUUUCUGGCCCAAGGAACAGCAGCCUGCUCCAUUUUCAACAUAAUACCAUUUGUAAACAGAGAACCGCUCAGAAACAUAACAGCCUAACACUGUUUUCUUUCGAUCCUUCCAGCUUAUGGAGGACCAAAUACUACAAAAGUACAGAAAGUAUAAGAAAAAGUUUCCUGGUUACCGGGAAGAGAAGAAGCGUUGUGAGUACCUGCAUCAGAAACUGUCGCACAUCAAAGGCCUGAUCGUGGAUUAUGACCGAACACAGGAGCCGUCCUAGUCCCUGGCCUUUACCCUCACCGGGGUGUGAAAUGACUGGACCAAAAGACUCCACAUGGACCAAAUAAAAACUGGCCAGCUGGGUCCUGGAGGGUAAGGACCUCGGAUCCCAUUGGAAACACUAUUCACUUUACUCCUCCACGUGUUAUUGGGAUGGAGGAGCAAGGUUCUCUUUUCAAAAGUGGGCCGAGACCACCAACUCGUGAUCAAAUGAUGCCCUUUAAUACUAUUGUUUCUAAGAAUGAUUGUUGUUGUAAUGGCUGGAUUUUGUUCUGCUGUAAAAUGGAUAGAUGACACAGUGAAAGCCAAAUCCAUUUUUCUAUGGAAAAAUGCAAAAUGGAUGUGAUCCUCCUGCCGAAUUACAUUUUUCAUUUUAUCCUUUCUGUCUUUUUGUCAGGACUAUGAGGUAUUGAUUUGUAUAAAGUAGAUGGUACAAUCAAAGGUGAAAACAAACACUACUAAAGUCUACAGUAUAUUUAACAGAUUUGUUCAUUUGCUAUUUCAGUUAUGGCACAGAAGCCAAAUGUUGACAUAACACCUUAAUUCAUAUUGUUGAAGUUUAAAUCAGUAAGUUACAGUAAUUAAAUCACAUAACGACAAUGACACGGGAAUGCCAUGGGACUUUUGGAAGCUAGACAAAAUAAUCAUUCAUACAAAACCUGCAACGCUGUAGUGCGGAUACAUUACAAAAUUUCAUCCUGAUCUAACAUUAAUAUAAUUAAGAAAGUUUCGUGACGUUUAAAGCUUAAUGCACAGAUUAUUUCAAGUUGUGUUACCUUGUGGUUUUUCAACCCAGGAAAAUGUGUGGUUAGGAACAGUGUCUUUGUGCUUAAAUUAUGCUUUGUUUUGUUUUUUCUUCCUGUAGCUUUCUGCCAUUAACUUAUUCCAUUUCCAAGGUAUGUUCAAAUGCCAGAAACACCACCCUUGCAACAACCAAUUACGUUGGUUUCAAGCAAAUGUUUGUGCAAAACAAGUGCUGAUUCCAACCACACCUAGCCUACCACAAAUUGCCUUUUGUAAUGAAAUGAAAAAAAUAAUACUAAUCUGCUGAGACAUCUCAAGUCUACUGGUUACCAAUUUGCUUACUGGUACACAGUACACAACCAUACCUCUCAUAUUUAUCCUGUCGAUGAAUGACUACAUAUUGCUCUUUGCAUCAGAGGCCUAUUAGCUCUAAAUGCAGGAUGUUCACUUUGGGAUAGUCCCCACAUUUCGACCUGGUAUGACUGCCUCGGCUGAGUCUGUUGAAAAAAUAAUUCACUCUAGUGAAUGUUACAUUUUGACACACACUACUGGAUGUGGUAGAGAUGCCUUCACCCGAAUGGAUUGUGUAAUUUUGGACAUCUUUGUACCAGCGCAGGUACAUCUGAAUCACCACAAUCUGUGAUUUCAUUUCACCUUCAUUAGCUGUGGCCUGAAGUAGGAGGUAGACACCAGAUUUCAGUGUUCUGUUCUCAUUAGCAUCAGUGUAGCUGUGAACACGACCGUUGUCUUAAAUAUGGCUUAAAAUGGGAGAAUGAAGCUAAUAUUUGCCUUAACAAGUCUGACAAAUAUUUCCAAGAUUCAGAUACCCCCUCCUCUUACAUGUACUAAGUCUUGGUUUUGAUCACCUGCACAGUUCAAAUGUUGUUUAAAUGUCUUUGUUAUUAAGGAAAAAAAAAACAUUCAUGUUAAUGGAUUGUUUUAGUAUGUCGGUUGUAUCAUCUGUGUCAAUAUUUUUUUCCAUGUGCGUCCUAAUCAUUUUGUGUUUUAGCUGCAUUGUUUCUCAUAACCUGUUAGAUAAUCAUGAACUGAAAAGGUUCAAACUGAUUUGAACUCGUUUUCCAAGCCUAUCGAGCACCACUAUCAAAAGCAAGAAUUGUUUUUAGACAUUGACGCAAAGUAACGCGCUUCACUUCUCUUCCUGCAGAUAGUCAGUGUGCAUCACGUCAAACGUUUGGUAUGCUCUUUUGAUUACAUUGUGUGUUACUUCAUUAGGUAUUCUGGGAUGUGUGUGACGAUUUGAGACUAGCAUUUGCUUUUACUUGGCACAUAUUCACCAAGCCUCAAAAAGACUAAUAUUAAUUAGUUCUUGAGAUUGAAAAAUGAUACCUUGGAUUACAGACUUUUGGUGUUUUAUCCAUUUUAAGCAUCAAAUAGUGUUGAAACCUUAAACAAAUGUUGGAUUCUUAAGAUGAGAAGCCAAUUUUUUUUUUUUUCUUGUAUUGGAAUUUAUGCCGAGGAACUCGUCUGUACAUGAUCUGGUUACAUGAAAGAAAACAUAUGGGCUGCUCAAAUAUACAAAAAAUAAUUAAUUUCUUUUGCACAAUGAGAUUUGUUUUCCUUCAACACAAAAAGCUGUUCAUUUAGAGAUGGAAUUGAAUAUGAUGUGUUGGUAAGAGUAUCGAAAGAUCUCUAACAGUGUCCAGCACCGGCGUAAGGUCACUUGCCCAUGUAAACGUCAAUAUUAGCUGUAAAGACUGGUCUCAGAUACGUGCUCUCUUAUUCUGAGAUAUUAAAAGCCUAGUGUCUUUGGAGUAUCGGACUAGACUGGGUUUCCAAAAUCAUCUUAGUGUCUUGAUCAUAAAAAUUUCACUGUGCGUUCAAACUAGGGCUUAACCAGCAUGGAGUUUGAAGGCCGACACUCAGUUGAGGCUGCCAAGAGUUGAUAUUUUGUGCCAACAUUCAAUAUAUUAAAAUCUGACCAUUUCCAUGUUAUUGGGGGAAAAAAGUAUUCAAUCACCCCGUGCAAAAUUGUAUAAUUUGCUGGAUGGAUACAUUUCUAAAAUACUGUUUUGACCAUGAGAACUGUCAGGAUAAUAAUAACCAUUGUUAUUAUCAUAAUAAUAAUGAUUCAAUCCAUGUUAAGGGCUUCCCAUGUAAAACCAGCAUAGCACACUGGUUAAUAUUGUAAUAUAUUGUAAUAUUGUGUAAUCAAAUAAGCUGCAUCACAUCAAAGAGACAGAUGACACCAACAAUACCGAGUUCUUUAAUAAAAUGUUAAUAUCUGCCUCAUGUAUGAGAAAACUCAGAUACUGGUCUGUCCCUAGAAUGAACAAAGUUAAUUUUACCAUUUGUAAUAUUAAGAUGCUUUUGGAAAACCAAACCACACCUUAGGUCAAAAGGGCUUAUCAAGUGCUAAUUUGUAUUUUACUGUUGCAGGAGCUAACUACUGUAGGUGCCUUUUUCCCUAAGGAGAGCAGAGCCACUCGGCAUGUACCUAUCAUUAGUAUUCUGGAAAAAAAAACAAAAAAACAAAACCUUGUGCCAAUAGUGUUUACACAUGUAAUCUUU